UUUUGUGGAACCAGAAAGUCUGUUUGCUGUAUCAGUUGCAACAGAUGCUGCUUGCCUGAUGUUGAUGCCUCUCUUACGAUUCUCCUACUAAAUUGCCUUUGCAUCAUACUAAUGUUUUUUUCCCCAUGUUCUGCAUAGUUGGAAUCAAGAUGACUACAGCUGCCCCAACGUCUGAAUAUUCCCUGCCUUGGAAGAACGUGACCACAAAAUCUCGACAGCAAAUCCUUUAUCAGAGCUCUGGAGCAAUAGUAGCAGCUAUUGUCGUGGGCGUCAUAGUAAUAUUUACAACAGUUCUGCUCAUCCUUAAAACAUAUAACAGGCACAUGAGAAUCAAACGAGAGCUGGAGCCAAAGAAUGCAAAGACCAACAUCCCCCCUGUUUUAGGACAGGACAGUAGCACCUCUGCCAGGAACAGUGCAGUGACAUUUGUCCCUGUAGACCUUUACACCCCAAAAAGAAGACUUUGAAGAAGACAAGCAAAUGGAGGAAUAAUCAGCAAGAAGUGAACUCUGUGGAUGCUUGAGGAAUGGAAUGGCUCCCAUCCCAUGGUCCACGUUUCAGUGGUCUGCUGGUCACCAUUUUUCCUCGUAGAAGGCAAAAAAUGACAUCUAAAGGCAACCAGUUGUGGAAAUAAUAUAUAUAAACUUGCUUGUUGGAAGGGACGGUGAGAACCACCAACCACCAUCAUUCUUGGAACCAAUCAUGCCCUUCAUAUUUUCUUGCUCUGUUAAUUUAGGUUCAGCUCCCAUUGUCCUGUAAAGUGAAAGUCACUUCUGCUGUAUGGAGGUUCUGAAGACGUCAGAGGGCUUAGUCUUCAUCUUGGUUUGUAGCGGAUAAUAUAGAAUCAAUAUUCUUUCAUUUUUGGGCUCUUAAAAAGAAGUAGCAGACAUUACCACCGGUUGCCAACCCUCUUCCACCAUGGUCAACUUUCAAAAUUAGGAGUACCUUGUUUGUUGGCAGACUUAGUGCCUUUCUGUAGAAUUUCUCAACCUUGGCUCCUUUAAAAUGUGCUGGCUGGGGAUUUCUGGGAGUUGAAGUCCACACAUCUUAAAUUUGCUCAAGUUGACAAACACUGUUUACCCAGA